GUUCAGUAAAGCUGAUGAGGUCAGGAUUAAUUUCAAACACUUAUAAAACUAUUUAUUUUGGUGAAUUUUUCACCACUAUGGUUAGCUUAUUUAUUCGCGAGACAAUUAACUCUUAGUACUUGAAUUACCACUUCGUUAUUUGAACAUUAAAAACCUAACAGCUUCCUUUCUAGUAAUCUGAUAGCUGCCUGUAUCUAGAUUCUCUACUGCCCUGAGACAAACGGAAUCACACAACUAUAAGAUAUACAAAUCUACAAACAACUAACAAACUGAAUGAAAUUGUUGCGGUCGAGUGGCUAGACUACCACUCCCAGAACAAAACGAAACUCAUGGAGCUGUACUGAUGCUACGAGAGGGAGUGCGAAGAAAUCAGUCAGUAUAUACAAGCUCGAGACAAAGAUAUUGGAUAUCGGAUUCACUAUUUCUGACCAAUCAAAUCGCAGCCUUGAGAGACAAACGCAAAGUAACGUUUGUAGGAAUUUAAAGCCUUCAGUUUGUUGUCGUGGUUGAAAUAACGUACCUAUUUAAAAACUCUCACUUCUAUUUCUUCUUUAUUCCAAUAUGUUUCGCCUUGAAAUUGUCUGCAAGUUAUUCCACUUUAUGCGUUUGCCAAACGAAGAAGUAAGUCCUUGUGGAUGUACAAUUCUGCUUAUGUUCUUUAGUUUAUAAUCACUAGAAAUACGUCAUGUCUGUGUUUAUAUUUUAUAUUGUCCUGUCUUUUAAAUGCUUUGCUGGAACCAGGUUGUCGUCAUUCUUUGCUUUCUCAAGCUCAUGAUUCAUGCUAGUGACUAUAAUGUAGUUUGUUUUCUUCCUGUCCCCAAAAUAUCUUGAAAAAUAUCAUCUGAUCAAAAUUUUCAUUCCGGAUGGAAGUAUUUUCUAAACCAACAUUAUUCACUCGAGUUUUCGCUCUUUCAAUAAGAAAUAUGAGUUCUACAAGUCAACAACCAAAGCAUAAAAUUCUUAUCGUAGGUGGAGGCGCAGGUGGUUGUGCAAUGGCUAAUCGUUUAUGUAAACAUUUUGAAAAGAAUGAAGUUGCUGUUAUAGAGCCCUCUGCAACUCAUUAUUAUCAACCUUUAUGGACACUUGUUGGUGCUGGCAUUAAACCGUUACAAGAAUCAGUUCAACCUCUAGAAAAAGUUUUAACAUCGAAAGCUAAAUUGUAUAAGGAUAAAAUUACACAUAUUGAACCAAAAGAAUCUUAUGUUGUAUUAUCAAAUGGAGAUAAAAUAUCAUAUGAAUAUUUAAUCUUGGCACUUGGAAUAACUUUACGUUAUGAUAAGGUUAUUGGAGCUGAAGAGGCGCUGAAAAAUGAUCCACGUGUUUGUUCAAAUUAUUCUACAGAUUAUGUAGAAAAAACUUAUAAAGCUUAUCAAAAUUUCAAUGGUGGAAAUGCUGUGUUCACACUACCAGCUGGACCAAUUAAAUGCGCUGGUGCACCACAAAAAGUUAUGUACCUAUUUGAAGAUUACAUUAAAAGGUCUGGUAAAAAGAUUUUAGCAAAUAUUCAUUAUUUUACUGCUACUAACAAAUUGUUCUCAGUGGAUAAAUAUUCAGAAAAUUUAACUGAAAUUUGUAAAAAACGAAAUAUCAAUUGUAAUUUGUCAUACAAUUUAGUUGAAGUAGAUUCACAAGCUAGUGAAGCAGUAUUUCAACACAUGGAAACUAAAGAACUUAAACGAAUUAAAUAUGACUUUUUACAUAUCACUCCACCAAUGUGUUGUCCAGAAAUUUUAACUAAAACACCAAAAUUAACUAAUCCAAAAGCAUGUGAUUAUGUAGAUGUCAAUGUGAAAACUUUACGACAUAAUCAUUAUGAUAAUAUAUUUGCCCUUGGUGAUUGUGCUGCAUUGCCUACAUCGAAAACUGCCGCAGCUGUAUCUAAUCAAGCGGCAACAUUAGAAAAGAAUCUAUGUGAUGUUAUCAAAGGUGGUCAAGGAAAUGUUUCUGAAUAUGAUGGAUAUACAGCUUGUCCUAUAGUUACUGGGUAUAAUCGUGGUAUUAUAGCAGAAUUUGAUUAUAGAGCUAAACCAUUAGAAACAUUACCUAUUGAUCAAGGAAAAGAACGUUAUAUAUUCUAUUUUAUUAAAACAUACAUUCUACCACCACUUUAUUGGGAUGGACUUUUAAAAGGAAUAUGGUCUGGUCCAAAAUCUAUUCGAAAUCUGCUUCAUUUACAUCGACCUUCAUAUUCCGAACCACAGAAAUGAUCUGAAGAAAGAUGAUAAUUCACUGACAUUUUCUUUGUAUUCUUCUUCUUCAUCAUCAUCAUCAUCAUCAUGAAAGUGUGUGUUUGUAUGUAUGUGUAUGUGCCUAUUAUGUAAUUGAUGAUUUCUAAAACAUCUACACAUUUUGUUCUCAUUGCAUGAACCUUUUUUUGUAGUUUCAUAAUUUUUUUUACUGUAACCUUUGAGCAACAAAAUAAUAUUUUCAUUUUGUUCAUUGAUUUGAUGCAAUAAUCAUAAUUAUUGUUCAUUAUCCUUUACCCGGGCUUGGGACUGGCAGUAGCCCUCGGAGGAGCUAAGUUAAUUAUCUUUAUCAACGGUUAUCUAAGUAAUGUCCAAUUUCUGACGUAAUAUAAAAUCUUGGAGUUGAAUGUAAUCCCAUCUUACUGGUCACAUUCACUGAUUGUCCCAAUAUAUAAGAAGGGGUG